AUGUAACCGCUGAGCCCGGCGGUGUCCGAUCCUCCUUUUUCCAAGAUGUCGGUGUACGGGCCAGUGGUGAAAAUUCACCCCGUCGUCGUCGCUUCUAUCUGCGACUCGUACGAGCGGAGGAACGAGGGAGCGAGUCGAGUGAUCGGGACCCUUUUGGGAACUGUUGACAAGCACUCGAUCGAGGUGACCAACUGCUUCUCUGUCCCCCACAACGAGUCCGAAGAUGAGGUGGCUGUGGACAUGGAGUUCGCCAAGAACAUGUACGACCUCCACAAGAGGGUCUCCCCCACUGAGGUCAUCAUCGGCUGGUAUGCCACCGGUUUUGACAUCACAGAACACUCGGUGCUCAUCCACGAGUACUACAGCCGUGAGGCCACCAACCCCAUUCACCUGACCGCGGACGCAGCGCUGCAGAGUGGCAAGAUCAACAUCCGGGCUUACGUCAGUGCGCAGAUGGGUGUGCCAGGAAAAACCGUUGGCGUGAUGUUCACUCCUCUGUCUGUCAAGUAUAUCUACUACGACACUGAGAGGAUAGGCGUCGACCUUCUCCAGAGGACGCGUGUAGCCCCCACCCGCACCAAGGGGCUGACCUCCGAUCUGUCCCAGGUGGCCGGGUCCGCUGCCCGGGUGCAGGACAUGCUGACCACUGUGCUCGCAUACAUCGAGGAUGUGCUGUCUGGCAAGGUGACGGCGGAUAACAGCGUCGGUCGUUUCCUGAUGGACCUGGUCAACAAGGUCCCUACCAUCUCAGCCGAGGACUUUGAGAACAUGCUCAACUCCAACAUCAAUGACCUGUUGAUGGUGACCUACCUGUCGAACCUGACCCAAGCACAGAUUGCGCUGAAUGAGAAGCUGGUGCUGCUUUGAGGGGAUUUCCUUAUUUAAUUUUUGUACUUUUUUUUUUUUCUUGACUGACAUGAAGAAUAAAGAUGUAAAACAGUCA